AUCAACUUCCGGUCGGCUCAGUUUAUGACGUGUGGUCUGGGCUUGGAACCGUAUUCCUCCAGAAGGGGAUAAACAAUUUCUCUCCUUAGCGCUUUGGUUGUACAAAUAUCGCCACUGUUCGCUACCACCUACCAGAAUGAAUGUGGGUGUGGCACACAGUGAGGUGAACCCAAACACUCGGGUGAUGAACAGUCGAGGGAUCUGGUUGACCUAUGCACUUGGUGUUGGAAUUCUUCACAUUGUACUCUUGAGCAUACCCUUCUUCAGUGUGCCAGUGGUGUGGACUCUAACUAAUGUCAUACACAACUUUGGAAUGUAUGUCUUUAUGCAUGCAGUGAAAGGAACUCCUUUUGAGACCCCUGACCAAGGAAAAGCCAGACUUCUUACCCACUGGGAACAGCUCGACUACGGUGUGCAGUUCACUUCAUCUAGAAAGUUCUUCACCAUCUCUCCAAUCAUUCUAUACUUCCUGGCAAGUUUCUACACAAAGUAUGACACAGCACACUUUGUCAUUAACACUGCCUCACUCUUGAGUGUCCUGAUCCCAAAGCUGCCACAACUACAUGGAGUGAGAAUUUUUGGCAUUAACAAGUAUUAAGUUUUUCUAAAUUUUGUGCUUCGUAACAACAAGUCAAUUCCUGUGUAGUGUACUGCCGAUGUGUGUACUAAAUCAUACAGUGUGUAAACGCGACUGUCAUCAUUGAGAUAACAGGUUUAGGAAGAAAUGUUAAAAGAAAAACAAGUAGGUUUGUAGAUGACGGGAUGCCAUAUGCAUUACUAACUUGUGAAUAUUUAAUUGUCUUUUUGGUUAGCCUAGGCCUGGGCUGGCCCAGGCAUCAGUGAGGCUUUUUUUGUCCUCAAUAUACAUGGUAACAAAUUGUAUGUACAAGUUUGUUUCUAGCCACAAAAAACGCCCCAGUUGUUUACUUUCUAAGGGUAGGAGCCUGUGGCUUGCUGUUUAUUAGUACACUCAUUUUGUGAUGGGUGUCCCAUGUGUUCAUGCUGAGUGAACAGUGGAAUCAUAAUUAUUUGCAAGGGUUCAUUGGUAUGUGAAUCAUUUCUAAUUUGUAAUUCAAUGAAAAUGGGGUAGUGUUUUUCAUUGUACAGUUUUGUGAAUGUUACGUUCUGUAUGUUUAAAAAAGGUCCUGUAUGUAGAAGUGAGACAAACAAUUGUCAGGCUUAGUGUUUACCAAGAGAGGCCUAAAGUGUCUUUGUGAUAAAAUUACAAUUAACUAGCUGCUCUCUGUAGAUUGACUUUCUAUCAACAAGGCAGUUAGAUUUGCUUUGUUUGCCUGUAGCUCAUAGUACACUUGAUAGUUCUUGUUCUUAAUCUUAUUAAAAUGAUUGUUCCAUCUCUCA